AUGAAUAAUAGUGAGGUCCAAGUGGAAAGCUCGCCGGCUGUGACGCUGUCGAGUACCAACGCGAAAAAAUCAGUGAGCAUGGACUCCAAUAGUAGAGUGGACAAGGAGACCAACUCCGACAAGCAGCAGAUUUCCACCUCAGAUAUGACAAGAAGAAUGGUCUGUGGGGGUGUGGCCGGCAUGGUGGCAAAGACUGCGACCAAUCCUUUGGAACGGAUCAAAAUGUUGUCUCAAACAGGAGAACACGGGAUGGAAACUCGACAACGACCUUCCAUCGUGUCCAUGUAUCGCAACAUUAUUCAAAAGGAAGGCGUCCUGGGCUUGUGGGCUGGUAAUGGAGCCAAUUUGGUGCGAAUUUUCCCCGCCAAAGCUGUCGUUUUCUCCACCAAUGACAUGUAUAAAUCCAUCUUUAGCCGUCUCUCCGGCAGUGAAAGUGGGGCGGUCUCCUUCUUGGCAGGAGGAUUUGCAGGAAUGACGGCAAGUGCGCUUACGUACCCUUUGGAUUUUGCAAGAGGAAGAAUCUCUGGAAAAUUGGCGGGUGCCGGCGCUGCAGCAAAGACAGGCCAACCACAACAAUCCAUUCGGCCCACCAAAGAAUACAGUGGCAUCACCCGAACCAUUGUGAUCACCAUCAAAGAUGAAGGAUUACUUGCUUUGUACAAGGGAGUGACACCCACUCUGAUAGGUGCAUUGCCGUAUGAAGGUAUCAAAUUCGGUACUGUUGGACUUUUGGAACAACUAUUCCCCACACAGCCAGAUCAACCAGCAUCCUACUACGUCACCAGGAAAAUGUUCAUGGGAGGAUUGGGAGGUGUCAUGGCUGGUCUUAUUACCUACCCAAAUGAUACUGUGAGACGCAUGCUCCAAAUGCAGGGAAGCCGAGGAACUACCGCAGUGUAUUCUGGUUACUGGGACUGUGCCAGGCAAAUUUAUCAGAACCACGGAAUCGCUAGAUUGUACAGUGGACUUCUUAUCAACACAAUCCGCAUGCUGCCAAACGUCGCCAUUCAAUUUGGAAGUUACGAGCUGCUCAAACGGUGGACGGCCAAGGCCAAUCUGUUUUAG